AUGGCUAACGACUACAUCCUUACUCUGUCAUGCCCUGACAAGCCGGGGAUCGUGCACGCCGUGACUGGCAUAUUUGCUAGUCGUGCAAUCAACAUUCUGGAGCUUCAGCAAUUCAGUGAUCCAGUGUCGAAAAAGUUCUUCAUGAGAGUUCACUUCGGGCCUACAGACAGCGUGGCUGAAAUCACUGAGCCGUUCAACACCCUCGCGGCAGAUAUUCAGAUGGACUACGAUAUCCGUCCCAUCGCGCAGAAGACGCGGGUGCUCAUCAUGGUAUCUAAGAUUGGUCAUUGCCUCAACGAUCUUCUGUUCCGUGCAAAGGCCGGCCAGUUGCGCAUCGACAUUCCAGCUAUAGUCUCCAACCACCCAGAUUAUGAGCCCCUGGCCAAGAGCUAUGGCAUACCAUUUUAUCAUCUGCCAGUCAACAAGGACACGAAAGAGAAACAAGAAGGCCAAAUACUUGAUCUGAUUCGCGAACACACUAUUGAGCUUGUUGUCCUCGCAAGAUAUAUGCAGGUCUUGUCGCCUAAGCUCUGUGAGGCAAUGUCCGGCCGCAUCAUCAACAUCCACCAUAGUUUCUUGCCAUCAUUCAAGGGUGCCAAGCCAUAUCACCAAGCAUACGAACGUGGUGUGAAGAUCAUCGGCGCGACGGCGCAUUUUGUAACGGCUGAUCUCGAUGAAGGUCCGAUCAUCGAACAGCGCGUAGCUCGGGUGGAUCAUAGCAUGAGCCCCAAGGACCUAGUGGAGGAAGGCUCGAAUGUCGAGAGUCAAGUCCUUGCGGCCGCUGUGAAAUGGUACGCCGAAAAACGGCUGUUCCUCAACGUUACCAAGACAGUUGUUUUCGCUUAA